UGACCUAAUUCACUGUGCAUGAAUUAGAAUUUAGAAAUUGCUUCAAUGGCUCCACUAAUCUCUUCAGUCUCUAUAAAUGGUACUCUUCUCUGCUGAUUUUUUCUCGUUGGGCUUGGAUUCCUCCAUUGAGAGAAGGAAUUUGGGAGUAAAAUUACGAUUUUUCAGAUCUCUGUCUUUCAAUGAUGACCAAGAUCUAUAUUGUUACUUUUGCUCUUCAUUGAUCUCACCGACAUGUGUGGUUGGUGGAGGCGGCCGCUCAAAGAGAUCUGUUCUUGCUUUCAGUUCCACUGCAGACAUGAAAAUGAGAUUUUUGCUGAUAUUAGAGCAGUUUGUCCACCUGUGGACCCAAAAUUCUACGGAAAUUGACAAUGUGACUCACCUGUUUGGAUAUAAGUGAUACUACUCCAUGUAUGGCCACGUUGAAAAACUUGCGGAGGAGAUCAAGAAAGGCGCUUUGUCUGUUGAAGGAGUGGAAGCCAAGAUGUGGCAGGUUCCUGAAACGCUACCAGAGGAGGUUCUCAACAAGAUGGGCGCACCUCCAAAGAGUGAUGUGCCAAUCAUAUCUCCAAAUGAGCUCGCUGAGGCUGAUGGCAUUGUCUUCGGGUUUCCAACUAGGUUCGGCAUGAUGGCAGCCCAAUUCAAAGCAUUUCUCGAUGCCACUGGUGGGCUUUGGAGAGCUCAGCAGCUUGCUGGCAAGCCUGCUGGUAUUUUCUACAGCACUGGCUCUCAAGGUGGCGGACAAGAAACAACUCCUUUGACAGCGAUAACACAGCUAGCUCACCAUGGUAUGCUUUUUGUGCCGAUUGGCUACACUUUUGGUGCCGGGAUGUUUGAGAUGGAGAAUGUGAAGGGUGGAAGCCCUUAUGGUGCUGGAACAUUUGCAGGGGAUGGUUCAAGAUUCCCGACAGAGCUUGAACUGGAGCAAGCAUUCCACCAAGGGAAAUAUUUUGCAACCAUUGCUCGAAAACUCAAAGAAUCCUUUUGAUGUGUUCUUAUACAGCUUUGGGUACAAUUUCUCUUUGGUUAUGUCUAAUUCCUCUCUUAUUUGGGUUGUUGAAUAAUAAUAUUAUAGUUGGGGAUUGUUGAUUCUUGAAGUCAGUGUGUAUAUUUGAUUUUUCAGAACAGCUUUGUGUAAAAUUAUUUGACUGCUUCACCGUUGGGAGUGCAAGAAUGAUUGCUCGGAUUAUUAUUGUGGAUUA